AUGUUCAUCUCCGCUCUUACAAGUGUGACCUUCGCAAUUGUUAUAAUUUUCGUAGAUGUCGUUGUGCAUUAUUUGUCGAUGGAGGGUGUCCGUACAGUGACGCUUAAGUCGAAUUCCUCUUUUAGUGCGGCACAACGCCGUGGUGAUCACAUUGAAACUCACAAACGAUGGGCUGCUGGUCAAAACAAGCAGCGGACUAUCGAGAAAAACACAGCUAAACUAGAGGAGGAUACAGAGGAUUUGCACAAUGAUUUGGUUGACAUGGAUGUUGGUAAAAUUAUAAUGCAGGCAAGGCAGGAGAAAAACUUGACACAGAAAGAUUUGGCUACCAAAAUUAACGAAAAACAACAGAUGUGAUAUUCGAAUUUAAUGCAACAUUCCGGAAGUUGAUUUCUGGAUUCUGCUUCGCCCGUCCGUUUUUUAAAGUAGUUACAUCGAUGACGUCAAAUUAACAUGGUUUGCAGAUAAAGUAAAAUCAAUCAGUAGUCUUUAUAUUAGAAAUAAUAUUGCUGUUAUUCAGUGAAUCUGUCAGACGAAAUUGGAAAGCACUGACUCAGUAAUCCAAACUAAAAGUAUCUGCUAAAUCUGUGGUAUUAUUUAUCUUACCUAUAUAACUGGUAUUCGUCAUGACUAAAACGCUCCUUAAUGCACCAGUACAAUGCAUUUAAAUCUAUUUGGGACUUAGAUGUAUAUAUGAAGCUUAUUUUCAUUCACAAAAGUGCUAUCUCAGUAAUAUAAGCAUAUUAUCUUUAAUAUACCAGAAUCACUAUUAACUUUGUAGUGAAAAUACACGUUAGCAAUACUAAAUAAUUACGGAAACAUUUCAGUAUUAAUAUAAACAAAUGAGGAGGUCAGUGUAUACUCACGUUUUUAUUACCUUCACAUAUUAUAGCGAGAACGUUACUAUAGAGCCAGUGAGUAGGACCUUAGUAGAGGUAUCACCAUCUUCCGAUUCCUUUGUAUUAAAUCACAAACAAAACCAAUAAAGCUGUUGAGGCUUUCAUGUUUCCAAUAAUUCUCCAAGUUACCACAUUAUUCUUAACAUAUAAAACAAACCUUCACAAAACUAUCUAUCUAAACAAAAAGAAAAUUACAUGUCAAAUACAGUUCACUGAAAAUAAUGAAUCUUAUUCAAUAGUCAAUAUAUGAAUUGUUGAUCUAAUCAGAUCACUUCAUCCAAACUGAAAUUGUAUUCCAUAAUUCUAUGUCUUGCAAAUCAACUUCAUUAAAUUAAUGUCAUCAAUGAAUAAUGACUAAAUUCAUAUAACUGGUUUAUCUCAUGAACAUAUUGUGGACUUACAUUAAUUAAUAUCAGAUAGGAUAAAUAUUUACCAAAUAGACUUGCAUUUUUUUUUGGCAGAUUUGUGUUUACUUUAUUAGUUAGUAGUGUUAAAUAAAACGUUCUGAACAUGUGUA